AGCCACACCUCAGCAAAGACUAAACCUGGGCCAGAACAAUUAAAAGAACCAAUCGAAACAGCAAAGGAGUACUGCUUUGGUGUCAGAGGUGAGUCUUGAUGGCACAGGUGCCCUCUGAAUCUAGAGAACAUGGACCAGUGCCUCUAACACCUGCAGUGUGAGCCAAACCUGGAGACAAAGAUGAUCUGCAGCUUGAAGAUAAUACAACCAGCCAUGGAGCCACUGUAUGAGGAGUAUCUAACCCAAGGUGGAACAAUAGUCAAACCUUACUACUGGCUCAGCUUCAGUCUAGAUUGCACUAACUGCCCUUAUCACAUUCGGACAGGGGAGGAAGCAAGAGUUCCAUAUACAGAAUUUCAUGAGACUUUUGGAUUCCCAUGGUCAACAUACCCUCAAACAAAACACCUCACAUUUUAUGAGCUGAGAAGUUCCUCUGAGAACCUGAUACAAAAGGGCCUUGCUAGCAACUGCACCGGGAGUCACAACCACCCAGAAUCAAUGCUAUUUGAGAAGAAUGGUUACCUUGAUGCAGUCAUAUUCCAUAACAGCAACAUUAGACAUAUCGUUCUGUAUUCCAACAACUCCCCUUGUAAUGAGGCGAAGCACUGCUGCAUCAGCAAAAUGUACAACUUCCUGGUGAACUAUCCAGAAGUCACCCUUAGUGUUUUCUUUUCUCAGCUCUAUCAUAUUGAGAACCAAUUUCCUACCUCAGCAUGGAACCGUCAGGCUCUCCGGAGCCUGGCCAGCUUAUGGCCCCAGGUCACUUUGAGUCCAAUAAGUGGUGGCCUUUGGCAUUCUAUUCUUGAAAAGUUUGUUAGAGGUAUCUCUGGAUCAACAGUUCCACAGCCCUUUACAGCUGGGAGAAUCCUGCCUGACAGGUAUAAUGCUUAUGAGAUCAACUCCAUCACAGGAGUGAAGCCUUGCCAACAAAAAGAGAACCAGAACCGAGGAGCCUGGGCUACUUUUGAAAACCACCCCUUAAACAAUGCCACUCCUGCACAGUGGUCACCCACCAUGAGUCAGGACCCCGGGACUCCUGCCGUUCUCAUGCUGGUGCCUUACAGAGAUCUACCACCAAUUCAUGCGGGUUCAAACCCACAGAAACUCAGGGCCGUGGUAAGGCACUUGAAUAUGCUUCAACUACCAUCCCUCAAGGUCAAAGACCUAAGGAAACCUCCCUUGGGCAGGCCAGUGGAGGAGGUGGAAGCACGACAAAUGAAAAGAACAAAAGCAAAUGGAAGAAACAGACUCUAGUUAUCAAGCCAAACAUUGUAAAUGUACUGGAGCGGUAACAACAACAACAACAAAAAUGGAAUUCUCUCUCCUAGGUCCGGCUAAGAUGGGGAUAAAUUGAUGUUUAAAAAAAAAAAAAAAAAACCUGAUUAUUAUAACAACUCCUAUAAUUGACACUAUUUUCAACAUAAUCCAAAACUGUCAUAAGCAACUCUCUCUUUCUGAAAGUAACAGCAACAAAAAUAAAUGGUUUUUUGUUUUAUUAUUUGUAUAGG